CUCCCAGUGUGUGAUCUCCGCCCCGACGACGACGAGCCAGAAGAGGAGGACCCGCGCCGGAACAGCCUCGCCAGCGGCGAAAGCAGCGCCCUGAUCGUCAAGCCACCGCCGCUUCAACUGGCCGUGGCGGCCGAAACGUCCAUGCAGAACCCAGCCAACGCCGAGCUCGUGUACCCGUGGGUGGCCUCGGACCCGGGCGCGGUGAGCAUUAUCACCGAGUCCUCCAUGAUGACGCCCACGACGCUGUACGCCACGGCGGUGCGCUCGGAGCCGGGUCCGCGUCGCGAGGGCGUCACGACGGCGCUCCUGGCCAACAGUCCGCAUACCUUAAAGAACAACAGGAGCUGCAGCACGGAGAAGCCGCUGGGCUACGGCACCAACGUCUCGAUGCAGCGCAGGCAUUCGAUCUUGCGCAUGAGCGCCAGCAAGACUUCCAGCGGCCAUGGGUUGAGGAAAAGCGCGUCCGUGGAGUUCGUUCUGGACCACGCGCAUCAGCAGGCGGCCCAGAGCAUCCACGCGAGCACUUCGUCUAUCGGCCGAGAGCCGCGCCGCCUGACUUUCGAGGAGAAAGCGGAGCUGUACCGAGUUCGUCCUGAUCUCGAAAUCGGCCCAGCUCCGUAUUAUAACGAAAAACUUGAAGAGCUCAACCGCAGGAAUCAGCGCCGCAUCAUCUUUGCCAUGUUCGGCGGCAUGAUCUCCAUCGUCUUGUUGCUCGUCUUCUUCUCCAUGUGGGAGCAGAACAAGUGAGUCGGCAUAGAUCCGUCUGACUCACGCUGCAGCGACUGGUGAAGAAGCGACGGCCCGAUCGGUUUGUGGCCUGCAUGAUCUACAGCCAGCUCGACAGAUGCGCCUUCAUCGCAGACCGAGAGCAAGCAUCGCGUGUGGAUAUCCUUAUGUAAAUUGUUUGUACUGCGCGCGUACUGCGCGCCGCUGAACACUACGAGCAGCCGAGCGUGGCGAGAAGACUUGGAGGAAGAGAC